CAUCACGUCUCGGUCGGUCCACUAAAUCUGCUGUUCCAGUGCAGAUUUGCCAAAUCGCAUCGUUGCUUGGCCGGUACCUCAUCCAAUCCUCCUCAAGUGCGGUAUAUACAGUAGUACCCGGUACCCUAAGCUAAAGCUACCUACCUCCCAUUACACCGGGCGGUUCCCCAUGAGGAGCUCUAUUUUUCGCGGAGCCAACAACUUCGGGACUCUUAAUAGACCUGCAACGCGGAUCCCAGCUUCACCUUUCACUUCCGCAGCCCAUCUGAACAAAGCCUUGUAUUCCGUUAAACGUGCGCCUUCAGCACGCACCAGCACACAGUUCCUGUACUCCGCAGAAACCCUACCCUGCAGCAGCAGCCGCAUCUCAACCCGGGGUCGUAUAUCAGCAUCACCCUCAUAUCCUCCAAUUCGAACAAUGGCUGCCAGUGCAUCCGAUGUCGCAGCUCUGAUCGAGUCUGCGAAGAAGGCUGCCGCCUUCCAAGCCGUAGAGGACCACCUCUCUCCCACUGACAAGUUCGUCGGAAUUGGAUCCGGUAGCACUGUCGUCUAUGUGGUGGAAGCUAUUGCGGCCAAGGGGCCGAGCUUCUCUGCUAACAUGACGUUCAUUCCUACAGGCAGCCAGUCCAAGGGCCUGAUUAGAGCAGCUGGAUUGAGGCUUUGCAACUUGGACGAGCGCCCUGUUAUCAACGGCGUGUCUGUUGCCUUAGAUGUUGCCUUUGACGGUGCAGAUGAGGUAGAUGAGGAUCUUAACCUCAUCAAGGGAGGAGGCGCAUGCUUGUUCCAGGAGAAGCUUGUCGCCGUAGCGGCUAGAAAGUUUAUUGCAGUUGCGGAUUCUCGCAAACAAUCACCCCGGUUGUGCACCAAGUGGAAGACUAUUCCUAUCGAGGUCCUCCCCCUCGCCGCUCCAGAUGUUUUGAACCGUCUCAAAGCCAUGGGUUCCCCUAACCCUGUCGUCCGCUCUGGGCUACCUAGCAAAGCCGGCGAGUGCGUGACCGACAACGGCAUGUGGAUCAUCGAUGCUCCUUUCCCGCCGUUGCUACUGCCCAAGGAUCUGACGGCAGAGGUGGACGGCACGGGCAAGAACGGAGCUUGGGAAAUCGGAAGGCUGGCUGAGGAGCUGGUCAAGCUUCCUGGCAUUGUCGAGAUUGGCUUGUUCCACGGGUUCAAUGGAGUUCAAGCUGUUGGUCUGGGCAAGGAAUUCCAAGCACAGAAGCCAGUUGCAGCUUACUUUGGUACACCGAGUGGCGAGGUCCAGGUACAGAAUGCAGCAUAGGGGAACAUAUAAAAAAAAAGAUGGAAUCAAGCAUUUAAAAGGGGGUGAAUAAACAUGCAUGGACAGAAAAAACAAAUCACAAAAUCUCUUUCUCUUCCACUAUCGGGAGAC